AUGUCUGCUAUACGGGUUGCUCCUACUAAAGCCGCCAAAGCCAUGAACCUCCUCCGCACAAUCCAAUACACACACCCCCCAUCCUGUCCCUGCCACGGCAACCCCACCCACCACCACCACCACAAGCCCUCCCCCAAUCUCCUCAGCCACGCCAAGAGAAAUCUUCAACGAAACUAUGCAACCCCAAUCGAUACGAGUAGACAGAAAGAAUACGCGUUUGAAAUGGCGGCUAGUAGUAUUCGGUUCGGUGAAGGCGUUACUAAGGAGGUGGGGAUGGAUUUUAAAAAUUUGGGCGCCAAGAGAGUGCUGGUGGUGACGGAUCGGGUGGUGAGGGGUUUGGAUGCGAUGAGGCAGGUGACUGAGGGGUUGAAUAGGGAGGGGGUGGAGUUCAAGGUUUUUGAUCAGUGUAGGGUGGAGCCGAAGGAUACUUCUGUCAAAGAAGCAAUUGUGUUCUCCAAGACCUACCAACCAGAUGCCAUUCUAGCAGUUGGAGGUGGUUCAGUCAUCGACACAGCCAAGCUCAUGAAUCUUUAUACCUGCUAUCCAGAUGCAGACUUUAUGGACUUUGUCAAUGCUCCACUUGGAAAAGGCCGACCCAUAGACAAAACCCUCUUACCACUAAUAGCCGUCCCCACCACCGCCGGAACCGGCUCCGAAACAACCGGCACCGCCAUCUUCGACCUCGUAUCCCACAAAGCCAAAACAGGCAUCGCUCAUCGAAAUCUCAAGCCCCUACUCGGUAUAUGUGAUCCAUUAAAUACCCGCACCAUGCCAUCGGCCGUCCAUGCCAGCUCAGGUCUUGAUGUUUUAUGCCACAGUUUGGAGAGCUGGACUGCAAUUCCCUAUUAUGAGAGGACUCCCAGACCUACGAAUCCCAUUAAUAGACCGUCGUAUCAGGGUGCUAAUCCUAUUAGUGAUAUUUUCUCAUUGCAGGCGUUGAAGAGUACGGCGAAGUAUUUGCCGAGGGCCACGAAGGAUCCCGAGGAUCAUGAGGCUCAGAGUCAAAUGUUGUUGGCGGCUACGUUGGCGGGUGUGGGGUUUGGUAAUGCGGGUGUGCAUUUGUGUCAUGGAAUGUCCUACCCCAUAUCUGGCCAAAACCCCGGAUAUACGCACCCCGGCUACGUCACCCAAACUCCCAUCAUCCCCCACGGGGUCUCCGUCGCCGUCUCCGCCCCCGCUGUCUUCCGCUUCACCGGCGCCUCCAACCCCGAGCGGCACCUAGCGGCCGCCGAAUGUUUCGGCGUCGACAUCUCGAAUGUGAAAUUGGAAAGCGCGGGUGCGGUAUUGGCAGAAGCGCUAGAGAAGUUCUUGGAGGAAUUGGGGGAUCAGCCCAGGGGAUUGAAGGAUUUGGGGUUUAAGAGGGAACAUAUUGAGGGGUUGGUUGAGGGGACGAUUCCUCAAGAGAGAGUGUUGAUGUUGGCGCCGGGUUUGUCGGGGGAGUUGGGGGAGGAGAGAGAACAGUUGAGGGGGCUUUUUGAGGAUGCUAUGGGGGAUUAG